UCAAGAUCGCCUUCAGUGAAUCGCCUGUUUCAGAGAAGGUGUUGUAGUCAUGACAGCCCUAAACACUAGCCGGUGUCUCCGACACCAGUAGCGCGCCGCAGACUGUCUCUCCGGAUGCGUUGCGGUGCUUUACGCGUUUUCCCCACCGUUGUAGUGUUUUUCUUUUUUUUUCGGACCAGAGCGUCCCGCAGUGACCAUCGACUGCCUGCCUGCCCGCCUGGCUGCUAGGGCUGCAGCGUUCCCCGAGAGCAUAGGCAUGCCUUCCCCUGUCUCGACUGGAAACGUUGUAGUCGGGGCCGAUAUUCGCUUCACUACUUGAGGGAAUCGAAGUUGGUGCAAUGGAGACUUCCGGGAGUGAUGCUGCGGUCACAUACCUGGAGAAAACUGAGGAGAGAGAGGCAUAUCAUGAUCUGGAACAUCUGCCUCCACUACUGGAAGAUGAGGAGAAUGUGUCUCUGGCAGACAUCCUUUCUUUGCGGGACAGCUGUCUGUCUGAGGAGGAGGUGUGGGCAGUGUGUGCGGAGUGCGCUCUCGCCCUGCAGAGCAUCAGACCCUCCCACCUCUUCCACACUCUGUGCAUAACACCAGACACUUUGGCCUUCAACGCCCAUGGGAAUGUUUGCUUCAUGGAGCAGCUCAGUGAUGAUCCGGAAGGCUCUUUUGUGCCUCCUGAGUUUGACAACACAGGCAGCACGUUCGAGGGCCAUGUUUACUCUCUGGGCUCUACGCUUUCUGCAGCACUGAACUUUGUCAUCGAGCCAGAGCUGGAGGCAGAGCUGGGAGAAGAAAUCCAGAGGCUGCUGGAGCAGAUGCAGGAGGAGACGCCUGAGGACCGGCCGCUCCUGCCGGACAUCCUGUCCCUGGCUGAAGCCCGGCUCUCUCAAACCUCCUCCGCAGCUGUGUGCCGGAAGCUGUCUUCGGUCGGACGGCGCGUGCUCUCCAUUGAAUCCGUGUCGAACUUUCAAGAUGGACAGGAAGGCUCCUGGGAGGCGAGGUGGCAGCAUUCCAAACCCCGGUGUCUCCUCAAAAGGCUGAGCUCAGAUGAUAACGCCAAAGACUUUGCUGAUAGUUCUGUUAAAUCGAAUGGCGUGUCCAGGCAGCAGCUGUGCGGAGGCUGGGAUUCCUCUCUCUGGGCUGAGGACAUGGAAGGCGGCGAAGGCGACAGCAUGAUCCUGAAAGAUGAGCUGGACUGCCGAUCCCAAAACAGCUCCCCGGUGAGGAGGAGAGCCCAGCAGAGGCUGAGCAGGGUGAGGGGGGCCCUUAACCGCUCCUGCUCUGUCCCCGACUCCAACAACCCUCCCUGUCUGUCCCCACCCACCCACGGAGAUAUCAGCAUACCUGUUUCUGACCUCACUGAGAUAGGGGCGGACGAGCACUUGAGCUCCAAGGCUGUGUGGAGCGACAGGCUUCACAGACUCAACCGGGGACAGUCCUGCGAGGCGUACCCGCGCUGUAGCGCUGAGUAUUGUUCGGAAGUGCCACAAGGAGACGAGGAGGCUUUGUACAUCGGAGAAACAGACAGCGAAGACUGGCUUGAAAGUCAAUCCAAAGACUUAACCCAAGACUUAACGUCUUCCUGUACUUCCUGUCAGGAGCUGGAUAUGGAACAAGACUCUUCUGGGGAACAGAGCUCACUGAACCACAGCCUUUAUAUUCCUAAUAACCACAUGACCAAAAGCAUGCUGUGCCUGAAUGAGGAAUCUCAGGAUGAGUGGAUCUCUCUAAGAGAGUUACUCACUCGUGGAUGGAGGCUGACAGUGAACGAGCUGUGGGCUCUGUGCUACACCUGCCUCUCCUCGCUGCAGACCUACAUCGACUUCCCAGCCUAUUUGUGUCUGGACACAGUGUACGUGGGCUGCGAAGGAGAGGUGCUGUUCUUGAAACCUAAAAACAUAGAAACACGUGAUGAAUUUUUUCUCGCUCCUGAAUAUCAGGAGCACGGAAUUGUGACAGAAAAGGUGUGCGUGUAUGGGGUCGCUGCUAUCCUCUGGGCCACGGCCAAGUUUAGUUUAUCACCUAAUCAAAAGCUGGCGAUGCCUCGCAAGCUGAAAAGACUGCUCCUGGAGAUGGCUAAGAGGACGCCUAUAGAGAGACCCACCAUCCUUACAGCUAAAAAGAGCUGUCGUGACUACUUAUCACAUCAGGGGACGGACGCUGAGACUGUCUGGAACAACCUCAUCAGCAGAGUUCACCCGCCAGCUUCAAAGUCCUGUGACGCUGAAGAUUUGAGUCCACCUGAGCACUCAUGUGAAGAAUCUGCACAAAGCAACAGUGGCUUUGUGCCCAUGGCCACUGAGAGCCGACUGGCUCCUGUGCCUGGCCCUGUUCCCCACAGCUAUCCAGUCAAAAAAGAACUCCAUCUCCCAGAUGCCUUCACUUCCACUGCCACACACUUCAUCCCCAUCGUCCUGACCAAUGAAGAGGAGAGCCAACAUCUCGGAGCUGCCACUGAAGGGACUUUGGAUGGAUUCACAAAAGGCAAAGAUCACAUCGAGGAAAGCAGCCUUGGUUUCAUCCCGGACUUGUGUGAUACAUACAUUCAACCUAACCCACACACACAAGAGUCCACUGACGGUCAAUCAGUCGUAAUUACAUCUUCUACAAGUUCCAGCAACAAGAUUCUGGUUGACUCUCCUUCCGCUCUCCUAGAUAUUUCCAGUCUUGAAUUUUCCCCCCCUGUGCCAUUUUCCACUAACCUCAAUGGUUGCGGCGUUUUCAACAAUUACCUCUUUCGACAGGACCCCACAACAGGACAUUUGUCCCUAGUGCCUGUGCAGGUCAGGGCUCCCGAGACGGUCCCGGGGUUAGAUAUAAAUCUGUCUCUGGUCCCGAAGCCUUUGCCAGGAAUGAUCACAGUUCCAGAGAGCACUGAGGGUUCGUUUACUGACAGUCUGAAUAUGCCUGGACCGCAGGAAUAUGAUCCACCACCGUCUUAUUUCAGCUCCCUCAAGCAUACUUUUUCAAGGGCACACAAUGGACAAAGAAAUCCAAGCACACGAGGUGAGAACCAUUCUUCUUCAGAGUCCAUCUCUACCAGAGUCCACCCUGCUCUGCAGGAGGUGAUUGACCUGCUCAAGGGCGAGUUCUCACUUGACGGAUACAUGGACAGUGGACAGGAGGACAUUGCCAUGGGGGAGUACAUCUUCUCUUUGAAGGACCUCCAGCACCAUGCGUUUGCCCGAGUUGUGAGGGAGAGGUUCAGUGAUCUGUACUGGGAAGACGACUUGCUGGGUAUACUUCACUGCCUGGUGAACUACAGCCCGUCCACAAUCGAUUCUAAUGAGGAACCUCCAUCAAAGGCUGUGGAAAGGGCAGCUCUUACCCCACCCUUGAUAGCUGCCGCAGUCUGGAGAGGAAAGAGGGAACUUUGCCUGCACGGCUGUCUUGAUCUGAAUGGGAACAUUCACCAGUCCAGUCCCGUUGCGUUAGAUUCAUGGGAAGCGACGGAGGCCCGGUCCUGUCGUGAAGAAAAUGAAGGUGAUGUGCUUGAAGAUGCCGAACUAAGAUCGGGACAAAGUCGGAACUGCAACAGUCAAGGUGUGAGCGCUGACAGUACGGACUCGGGGGUCAUGGAGGGUGGAGAUCAUUCGGGGGGGGGCGGCGAUGAAAGCCCCUCUGAACCUGAGUUUCUGUCGGGGAGAGAGGAAGGGCUGAUGGGAGCCCACGACGAGCAGAUGAGCCCAGACUGCUCGGAGGACAUGGAGGAUAGUGACUCCCUGACGUCGGAGCGGCUGCUCUCACCCGGAUCCAGAGGAGAGGGGCCGGGGCUCAGUUUCAGCCCAAGCUGGGCCUUAGCCUUCUUCGGGGAGGAUUGUUUCAGUCCAGAGAUUAUUCAGUACACAGUGAAUCUGGGACAGCACACGGGAUCGCCUUGUCUGGAUGUGAAGGCACAGGAACUGCAGCAGCAGCUGGUGAUUGAAACAAGGAAUCUAAAGAAAACAAGAAAUUUCUACCAAAAGCUGAUUCAACAGGAGAGGAAAAACAAAGGCGCUGAGAGCAAACUGAUGGUCUCCAAACUCAAGUCCCAACUCGAAGAGCUCAGAUCCAAGGUGGUCUUCUUGGAUUGUGUGAAGAAAUACCUUGAGAUUUUGAGUGUGGACCAGUGGGGGUUGGAGGUUUCAUUACUGCCCUCCUUGGCUGUCAGCGGACCUGACGCUUUGGAUCUUCAUUCCUCUGAAGACUCCUCUGUUCUAAGCUAUGGUACCAGCAAAGGGAAGACCACUCUUCAGUCGGGGUCUCCUUUGGGCCUCAUGGCUUACCUCUACGCCAGAAAUGCUGCUGUGGAGGGCUACAUCCAGCAGUUCCUGUAUACUUAUCGUUUCUUCUGCACUCCUGAGCAGUUACUGCAGUUCAUAAUGGAUAAAUUCAGUGGUGCAGCAAGGGAAGGUCCGGAUAUGACAGGCGACAGUGAAAGGAUCUUCCAUCGAAGUUUGGACCUGCUUCAUUUCUGGAUAACAGACUGCAAAUCUGUGGACUUCACGCCAAAGUCCAGCCUCAUGGACACAUUAGAAAGCUUCCUUAAUACUGAGGUGAUUCCUGUAGACAGCCAAGGAGAGGCUCUUCUCGCCGGUCUCCACAGCUCUCAGAGUGUCUCUAAUACGAGUCAAGUCCUGGGAAGCCUGAUCAGCUUUGAUGUAGAUGACGACUCCGUGUGUUUGCAUUCAUCCACUGAGGAUCUUGGCAGAAAGUGGAGGAUUUCUCGCGUGGUGGAGCCCUCUGGAUCCGUGUCCAAAGAGAAAGCCUUCUCCAUUGCUGCGGCCCUGCCAGUGCCCUGCUACGGCUCCCUGAUGGACGACCUCCCAGGCCUGCACGGUGAGGAGCGACUUCCCUUCAGCCAGAAUGAGUACAGCGCCCAACACAUAGCACAACAGCUCACCCUCCUGCAACAGGAAAUAUUCCAAGGAUGUCAUCCGGUUCAUUUCCUCAACUCCAGAAUGCAAGGAGUGAUAGACAAAGUCCUGACCCCAAACAAGAACGUGCCACAGCUCGUCCCGCCAGCAGAGAGCAGCAGCGCGCUUGUGCGCGAGGCGGCGCAGUCAGGCGGCGGCUACCUUCAGCGGCUGCUCGCAUAUGCUGACAGUGUCACUAACUGGAUCUCUGCUGAGAUAGUCAUCUGUGACUCUGUCAAGACGCAAGUCGCUCUGCUGACAAAGUAUCUGUGGAUAGGGAAGCACUGCUAUGAGUCGAGGAACUUCGCCACAGCCAUGCAGGUCCUCGGAGGUCUGGAGAACGUGAUUGUCAGGCAAUUACCAGCUUGGAAACAUCUGGCUUCCAAGGUGUACGAGAUCCUGGAGGAGCUACGAGCUGUGCAGGUGUUUCUGAAGAGUGAUGAUCUGUGUCUCAUGGGGGGAGAGCACACGAGGAAGAGACCCACUCUGCCCUCAGCGCACAUCCUGGCCAUGCAUGUCCAGCAGCUGGAGAUCGGCGCCUUCACGCUCACUACGGGGGCUUACAAGUGGAACAAACUCAGGAGCAUAGCGAAGGUUGUGAGUCAGGUCCAUGCCUUCCAGGAGGUUGCGUACCCCUACAGCCCAGACCGGGACCUGCAGGCUUACCUUCGGCGCCGCAUCGCCCGACUCUCCACCUCUGACGUUCACCUCUUGGCCGCCGACAAUGACACCAACUUCCAGCAGUCGAGCGAGCGACAAACGCGGAGGAUCCAGGACACGCUGAGGAGGGUCAAGGCCACCUUCCAGUGAGACCUGCCUCAGUCACAUUUCUCAGCCCAGAGAGAGACAACAACACCAGGUCAAUGCCCCAUGUCCUAAACCAGAGCCUGCACAUUCCUAUGUAGUCUUGGCAGCAGAACCUUGCGGACUGGACACUCACACUCUUUUUAAUCAGGUUCUGCUGUUAAUACCACAACUAAAACAAAAGAAACAAAGUAUUUUUCCUACUUAAUGAGUACUGGGGGAUAUUUGUAAUUUGCAGUGAUUCUUUACUGAACUCAUACAGGCAGCAUUUGUAACACAAUCCUAUCAUUUAAUUGGUAACAUUUACUUAUAAUAAUUUCUGGACUAAACAUUGUGUCACUGUAGAAUGAAUGUCCAGUAUUUUAGCUGAAUUAUCACCAUGAUGGAAUAGAAAACUGCAUCAUGUCCUGAAACCCCCAUAGCCUGGGUUCACUAUGUAGCAGUGUGGUUAAACAAUCAUUAUUGCUUGGGAUUGGCACCAAUAAAGCACAGUAUUAUAUGUUUUAAGAGGGACUCUUACAUGUGUAGCCAUGCUGGAAAUAGAAGAGACAGUUUGUCUGUCAGUCCAGACUCUCAAGAACUAGUGAGUUCAUUGCCAAAGCACUUUUGUGCAAAUAUUCUUUUUUUUCCCCUAAAGAAUGGCUUUGCUAACUUUCUGACUUUUCCACUUCUUGACUUUUCAACUUCUGUUUUGCAUGGAUGUGCAGAGGUCUCACGUCAACCAGUCCAUCUCGCUGGAUGGCCGUAGUGACCUGUUAGCUCUUUAUUUAUUUGAGGCCAGGUCAUUUAUUUCAUUAACACUUUGCUGUGUGACUCGGCUCCUUCAAAACUUUGUGUUUAGUGCAAAUUUUAGCAUGCAAACACACUAAACACACACAUGGUGAAUUUAAAUGAACUUCAACCUGUUUGCAGUGUCGUGGUGAGCAUGCUGACAUUAGCAUUUAGCACAAAUAACACGGCUGUGUCUGAGCGUAGCAGCUCAGCGCUGCUAACAUGGCUGUCAUGGAUGUUAGUGUGACUGGAUAAGGAUUCAAAGAAGCUCCCAACACGAUUAAAGUGAAAAUUGCUCAUGAAGCACUCGGAGGAUAAAAAAAGAUUUCCUCGCUUCCAGGUAUUGAAUGGAGACAAGCUUUUCAGGUUUGCUAAAUUUUGUUUUGACUCGAUGUUCUUUGAAUUUCAUUCUCUCCAUUGAUACUCAACAAUGCCUGAAUAUCACCAUUGGUUGAUUAGUCAUGCCAAUUUUUUUCUGCAACUGGAUUGUGGUUAUUCUUGCCCGCAGCGCAACAGUAACAGCAUUUCUAUAAUUCUGGUUUAGUUAUAAAAUGCCAGUGUAGGCAACUGUUCAGACAUAUUCAGCACUGCAAGUCCUACCCUAAAAGUCUGUGAACCUUUAGAAAUUACAGCCAGUCCACUUUGUGUUUUUUUAAGAAUAGAACUUACAACAUACUUUAGGAUCUGGCUGUGUCAUUGUAAAUGCAUCAAGGUUAUGAAAAUGUGGUCCCCUGGAAAGGUUUCUAUGUUGGAAACAGGGCUGUAGAGAAAAGUGAGACAAAAGUGGCAAAAGUGAAAUGCCAGAUAUUGUUCUACAAAGUAGAAAGAUUUGUUUAAAGUUUAAAGGAAAAAAAAAUCAAACUCUGGCCCCGUUCUCACCUUUGCCCAGCUGGCCCAUCUCUAUGUGAAGUCUGUGUGACUAUCAGAUUGUUGCACAGCACAUUCCUGAAUUAUUUUCUACCACCGCUCAGCAAACCUGACAGGGAGACAGUAUGCACGGUGCAAAGACACGGGUAGGACUGGAGGUGAACAGGGGAUCUCUAUUCAGUCAUGUCAAGCUCUUAAAUGAAGUCAGUUUGAUACAGCAGAAUUGUGUUUGACUUGUAGAAAGCCAGGCUAAAUAUCGCAGUACUGCUGUAUUCAAUUUAAUGAACAAUCUAUUGAUCGUACAUUUUGCUUAACGCACACCUUUUUUUCUUAUUAGUUCGCCAGUUAGGAGUUGAAAUGAGAAUUAUCUAGUUAGAUUGAUAAAUUAAUUUCAUUUAAACAGCACAACGGGUAAUAAUUGCAUUUAUUAUCGGCAGUGUGUGGUGAAGGGCAGAAGACAAGCUUACUGUGUCAUGACCAAACCAUACCAUUACAGAGCAAAUGAUAGAACAUAAUGAGGUGUCAGUGUGCAAAAUGUUAUUUGAGGAAUGAUGUUCAGUCACUGUCUAUUUUUCUAUUUUCCUGCCCGCUCUCGCUCUCUCCUCCGCCGUUUUCCGCUGUGAAACUCGCCGCGGAGAUGAAAUGUGACGUGCUAUGAAGAUUUGCUUAAUUUAGCUAAAUAAAUGAGAUUUUAUAAGC